AUGAUUGCGGGAAGGAUAACAGUUUUCUGCUUUAUUUCUUUGGCUCUUCCAACCGCCGCAUUUCUUUUCCCACCAGCUCCGGCACCAUCCUGUUGUGCUCCACCACCGACUUGUUGUGCACCACCUCCACCUCCGUGCCCGCCACCACCUCCACCAUGUCCACCACCGCCCCCAUGUGGAUGUGGCAGGAAAAAGAGAGAGGUAAUGACAAUGCAAUUGUGAGGCAGAUUUUAUUCUGGGGUGAUUGGUAAAAUUUUUAGCUAAGGAAGGGGUCGGCAUAAGACGGGAUAAAGAUUGGGUUGACACUGUUGAAACAUUUUAGUUUCAGGCCAGUGUUGAACUAUGGGGUAAUAACAGCAAGACAACCGAGGGCUGUAAGUCCAGCUUUUUGACUGCCGACGCAAGCUAUUUUAGAUUUUUAAACUUUGUUAGCAAGUUUUUAUCUAUGGUUUUUUCCAAGUAGGCCCUAAAGCAUCAUGAAAUAAAAGGCUUCGCUGGCACAGAUUUUUAUGAGAUUUCUUUCCUUCAAUAAUGGGCAAUACCUAGGUUAAUCCCGCGUACCGAAAUAUAAAACUACUUAAACGGUAAAUGGGCUAGUCAGAACCCAUCAAAAAAACUUGAAACAAAUUCAAAUUUUGCAGUUUAAGCACCCACUCGUUGAACCAUCAAACCCUAACAAAAAUAUGGAGAUUUCUGGGAAACGGCUACGGUAGCAAUAAAAAUUUCAGCAUUUCACUCGUCAGAGUCGGAACGGUGUCUCAAAUGUUCUUUUCACUCAAAGAUGACCUUAAAACGAACCUUAGAAUGUCCUUGGUCUCUGAAUAACCUCAAAUUUCAGGCGGUAAUUCCCUACUCAAAGAACGAGCAGAUCCCUUGCCCGCAGCAUCUUUGGAAGGAAAUCAUCGACAAGGUAAGUGGAGGAAACGAAUGUUUAUUCUAUACGACCCUUCAGAAGAUCUCUUCGGACAUCAAGAGAUCAGCCAAGGAGAUUCAGAGCCAAUUAUACGAGACAUACGGUAACAAAUUCUAUGUGAGUUGCGGUAAGAACGAGAAGAAGACCCCGUUUCUGGCCAAUGGCGACGGCUACUGUGUCAGCGAGAGGAAGGGCGUCAGAUGCAUGGUUAUCUCGUUGAGCACAUGA